GCUUCGAAGAUGCAUUUCUCCUCAAGAUCAGGUGCUAUUUGUAAAUGCGUGCGGCCGGACGAGCGGAUCGGAUCAACGAGGGUACAUCAACGAGGGUACGGCGCCGAGAGCUACCGGGCCAUCCAUCACUGCUGCCGUAUCGUGCUGGGGCUAACUGGGAGCUAGCUCAUAUACGGUAAGCGCUUCACAUCACGUUGGGCCGCCGAAAAAAUAUCAAUCAUCAGAUAUGAUCAUGGCGGCACAUCAGUUAUUUAGAGCAGGACUUUCUAGCUCCAACUCCAAUUUGGCUGUGUUUAGACAGAUCUGCUUGGUCGGAACAACUGUAAAAGCAUCGUCUAACUUGCAUUUACACCAACCUACAAGAAACAAAGGCACAGACAGCAUCCUUGGCAACCUCUUUGGCUAUAAAUUCUUCGAUCGGUUUGAUGAACGAAGCAAGAUUGUGGUGAUAGAUGGCAACAUUGGUGCUGGGAAGACUUCACUGGCCAAGGGUCUGGCUGACCAGCUUGGAAUGAAAUAUAUGAAGGAGGCUACUAUUCAUUACUUUGAUGAGAAAGAGCUUGGAGAGGGAAAGAAAUAUGAUGACAAAUUCAUGGGCUCUUGUUCACUGGAGCGUUUCUAUGCCGAUCCCUUUGCGAAGGAUGGGCACUCCUUCCGCUUUCAGCUCGCCAUGUAUGCAGUUAGAUUUGUUCAGUAUGCAGAUGCACUACAACAUCUACUAGAAACAGGUCAAGGUGUAGUAUUGGAGAGGUCAGUGUAUAGUGACAGUGUCUUCAUGGAAGCCAUGUUCAAAAUGGGAUACUUCAGGAAAGAAUGCUAUGACUACUACCAAGAGGUCGAGAAGAUCUCCAUGUAUCGUCUCAAACCGCCCCACUGCGUCAUCUACAUGGACACGCCCGUUGCAGAUCUGAUUGACAAUGUCAAGUCAAGAGGCUUGGAAUAUGAGCAGAACAUCCCUAUUGAGUACCUAGAAGCUUUGGAGGAUGAAUACAAGCACAAGUUCUUACCAGCAAUGCAGGAGACCUCAGAGGUCAUGGUCUAUGACAAGAAUGUUCCUCGAGAUGUUGACAGGGUGGCAGAAGAUUUUGAUAUGCUAAAGUUUGAGCACCUGCCAUGGAAUGAAAUGAAUAAUGACAACUUUGACAAGCUCUACAGAUUUGUCCGUGACAAGGGGAGGGUAGCACAGUCCAUGUGGAUGCCCAAGUACCUCCCUGAGAUCACGUUUGGUGCCGAUCAGUUCAAUGACCUCACAAUUGAUUUUGAACAGAACCACUCGAUAGGAAAAGGUUUUGCACCAGGCUUCAAUCCUGACCAGCCCUUCUCCAAGCUUUUCUUCAAGUAGGACUUUGCAAUCUGAUCAAAAGUCAACCUAGGCCACUAUCAAAAUGGACUCCAAACACCCACAUUAUCAUAAACACAAUUUGAGAAUAUGUACAUGUAGCUGCCAACCUUUCCCAUUCUUAAGACGUUCACAGUUUGUUCAAUGAAUUCCUAUUUUGGAGGACUAAUUUAUCUUUUGAGGGAAUAAUCAAUCUUUGGGGGCCUUAAAUCAAUAAGAACUAUAAGAUAGAUAUCUAUCUCUCUUGUUUUGAAAAGUUCUUGUGAUAACCAUAUGAAAGACACUGUAUUCUUAAUUUUACCUCAAGUUAUUCCUAGUUUUGGUUAUGGAAGUUUGGUAAGCAUGGAUAUAGGGUGAGAUGAGGUAUUGCAUAGUUUAACCAUUGAAUCAAUAAACUUGCAUGUUGACAAAAGAAAGAUGUCUCUCUUCACCAGAACUUGAGAUGAAGAAGCUAUUGCCUGAUGUUGUUUGCCCUUUAAUGAGAAAAAUAUGAAUGAUUAUUAAGAAAGUGUUGAGGCCUUUAUUAUAUUAGAAUAUAAUAGAAUUGACUGCUCCCAAAAGGAGGUGAAUUUAUUCAAAAUCUGACUUGGAAAUCUCUUGACAUCAGAUCCAUUCAGCCCAAUACAGUGCUGUAUGCAGUUUAAAUCACCCAAAUUAUGACAGUGUAUGUUCCAAAUAUUGUUUGACAAAGGAAAGCUUGAAAUUCAUUCUUGAAAGUUUCUGUUUUACUUGUAGCAGUAAAAACUGGUCAAAUGAAGAUGUUCACAUUGGUAGAAAAACGAUAAAUGACUCCAUUUUGAUAUUGGCCAUUAAUACAGUAUAUUUUGUAUAUUUUUGAGAAUGAAGAGUCUGUUCCCAUCUCCUAACAACCUUGCUUAAGCAGUAAAAUACUUGUCUCCAUGUGCAGUAUGGCAGUAUUGUGCACUGCUGUAAACAUGUUUGAUGGCAUGUUGUUGAUUUGACCAUUGGAACAGCUCUUUGUAUAGAUAGAUACAUUUGCAUGAGGGUUGGACACCAAUACUUGACUGGGUUUAGCAUGAUAACCCCCAAAUAGCCAAGACUAUUAUUGGACAGACAAAGCAUGUUCUUUGGAUAACCUUUGACGUAGGAACACCAAAAUAGUAGACAUAUAUUUAUAACUGACAUCAGAUGCCAAUUGUAGACAAUAAACAUUCAACAAACAUUAGUUUGCUAUUUUCUAAUAUGUUUCACUACAGGAAUGACAAGAUUCAUGAUUAGAAAAGAGUAGAGUUGAGAAAUCUGGUCACUGUAUUAGUCUUUGACAACUAGAGUACAGUGUAUAUGAUUGUAUGUCUGUCUCAUAUCACCCCUUGGCAUCUACCCUUGCAGUAUUCCCAUAAUUAACUCAUUCACAGUUUGAUUACCGGUAGUAUUUCUUGUACACCGUUUUAAUCCAACAUAACAUGCACAAGUCCUUCUAUAAUGAAGCAUGCAAGUGUGUUUAUCUUUUAAUCUCAUUAAAGUUUGUAAAUAAAGGAGUUUUAUUUGAAGUUUUAGCACCCUUCUGUACAACAGGAGAUGUAAAAGAAAUUAAUAAACUAUGAAAGACUUCUUAUGCAGCAGUCUGAAAGGAA